CUGUAACCAGCAGCAAGCAGGCUUCAAGCUUCAUCCCUUUGUAAGAUAUGGAGGAGAGAAAUGAUGUCAAUAUGGACAGGUCAGAUGAGAUCCUCAUGCCCGGGUUCCGGUUUCAUCCGACAGACGAAGAACUGGUCAGUUUCUACCUCAAGAGGAAGAUCCAGCAAAAGCCUAUCUCCAUUGAGCUCAUCAGACAGCUGGACAUCUACAAGUAUGAUCCAUGGGAUCUCCCAAAGCUUGCAAGCACCGGUGAGAAAGAGUGGUACUUCUACUGCCCAAGGGACCGAAAAUACCGCAACAGCGUAAGACCGAACAGAGUCACAGCAGCUGGAUUCUGGAAGGCCACAGGGACAGACAGGCCAAUCUACUCCUCUGAGAGCACCAAGUGCAUAGGCCUGAAGAAGUCCCUUGUGUUCUACAAGGGGAGAGCAGCAAGAGGGAUGAAAACUGACUGGAUGAUGCAUGAGUUCAGGCUCCCUUCGCUCACCGAUCCCUCACUUCCCAAGCAGCCGAUCGACAAGACUAUUCCACUCAAUGACUCCUGGACAAUCUGUAGAAUCUUCAAGAAGACCAGUUCCAUGGCGCAGCGGGCACUGUCGCACACUUGGGGACCUCCACUGCCUGGCACAACCGAGGCAGAGAUGUUCUCUGUCUUGCAAUCAGUGCAAGCUUCAGAGUUUGCCUUGGAGAGCUCAUCUUGCUCAUUGCAAGUUGCACCACCUUCAAGUCAGUUCACCAACAGACAUGGCUUGCAAGCUCAGCAGCAGCAGCAGCUGAAGGUGAACAACCCAUCUCUAGAGGGUUCUUCAUGCAAGCUCAUAAACUUCAACUGCAGCCCGUCUCUGGAACCUCAGAACUGCCCAAUCAUCUUCCCUUUCGAGGCGCAAACAUCACAGAAGACCGCAGGCGCUUCGCCGCUUUUCUUCAACACGCAGCCUGAUCAUCAGCUCAGUAGGUUUGUAGUUGAUUCUUCUGCAGAUGUCAAUGGAGGCAUCAGUGGCAGGAGUCAGGAUUCAUCCACAAGGAAGACUAGCAAUGGCUUCAGCAUGAACAGCAGUGACUGGGAAGCUGUGGGGAGGAUCAACUUCCCUUUUGAUCUCGGUGCAGAUUCUUCGGAUGAGUGGAGGUGCAACAUGCCUUGGGAGUCCUUCCUGAGCCCAGCAGCUGUCCAGACUGAGCUGCCACACUAGAGCAGUUUGCAUUGCACU